CUCUCUCUCUCUCUCUCUCUACAUUCAUAUUCACUCAAAUCAGUUCAGUAUCAAAUCUUUGAAUGGGACAUAAGAGGAGAAACAAUCAUCGGCGCCCCAAACCGCCAAAGCCACCUAAGAAUGCCUCUGCAGGUGGUAGAGCACCACCGGCUACCAGUUCAACGGAUGAACUCCAUCAAGAACAGAGCAAGACUGAACCAGUGUUCGAUUCAACCGACUCUGAUACAAUCAAGAGAGAAUGCAAUGAGUUAAAAGUUCCCUCAUAUGGUGAAGCCCGGAGGAUCAUGGAAGGGGUAUCUUCGGUUCAAAUGCUUGAAAAUGAUCAGUGGAUUACUAUGGACACCCGCGAACUCAUGAGAAUCAUUGAAAUUCAGUCGAAAUGGCAGUUGGAUAAUCCUGUGGACACCCCUGAUGCUCUUCCAUCAACGUCUCUGCUGUCCUCGAAAGAUCAGAAAUGGCCAUUAUCUGAUGAUUCAACCGAUGAACUCCGUCAAGAACAGAGCAAGACUGAACCACUCGAUUCAACCUAUUCUGAUACAAUCAAGACUGAAUGCGAAGCCAUUAACAAUGCUAUAGAAUGUGGAGACCAUACUGAAGCCCUGAGGAUCGCGAAAGAGGUAUGUCUUCGCCAUGAAUCCUCAGCUUUCGCACACAGUAUUCAAUCUUCUGUAUAUUUCAGUAUUGCAUCAGAAUUUUCGGAAAACAGUCUCGAAAAACAAGAACAGUUAAAGAAUGCAGUUGAGAGGGCUCGGCAAGCAGUCUUGCUAUCACCGUGCUCAAUAGUGUUUGCGUUUCUCUACGCAAGUUUGCUUUAUGAAGCUAAAGCUUAUCAGGAAGUAGUACAAGAGUGCGAGCGAGCAUUAUUGAUUCAUAGUCCAACUGAUCCAAUGAAAGAUACUAUAGGAUACGAGAGUUAUUUUAAGGGCAGCACAACUGAACAGCGAAUUAUAAAAGUAAAGAAAGAGUUGCAGAAUCUUGUAAAGGACUCAAAGGCUGCUCAAGUGGGGAACAAUAAGAAAGUUCCAUUGGUCAAAACUACGCAGCCUAAUAAGAGUCAGCAGGUAACUAAGAUGGCUGAGGAGGAGCGGGGGAAGGAGAUUCAGGAGCAGGUGGAAGAGGAAAGAAUUUUGAAGCAAAAUUCGGAUUCUGUGCUAUCACAAAAAGAUGAAAAGUCGUCUCUGUUGACUAAACUUAAAAAGCUGAGGACGAAUUCCAAAAUGAAGAAUAUUAUGUCCUGGGCAAGCAGGACAGAACAACUUCAAUCAUAUUUUAAAUCAAUGAGUGAUGACAAAAAGCUUGGACUGCUUGAAACACGAAUUUGUGAUCUCAGGGCCCAUUUGAGUUCUUUUAAGGACCGAUUGGCAGAGGAGAUUAUGUCAGAAGCUGUAAGCUUUGCUGAAGACACCAAUAGUUGGAGGUUCUGGGCUUGUUGCUGUUGUGAUGAGAAGUUCGUAGAUUCAGCAUCAUAUUUGAAUCAUAUUAAGCAGAAGCACAUUGGGAACCUCUCACUGGAGUUGCAAUCAGUUGUCCCAGUGGAAGUUGAUGCACGUUGGGUUGAGACGCUAGUAAAUGGCCCGUGGAAGCCUGUGGACACCUCUGCAGCUGUGAGAAUUAUUGAAAGUCAGUCAAAGUGCGGCUUGGAUAAUCUUGUUGACAUGGAUUCUUCAGAGUGUACAGGUGGUAAUAUGGACUGUCCAAGUGAGUGUUCUACUAAACCUGUUACUCUUCCUUCAUGGACUGUGCUGUGCUCCGAUGGUCAGAAAUGGCCAAUAUCCGAUGAUUCUGAGCCGGCAGAGAUCCUUCAAAAAGUCCAUGACAUGUUCCAAUUGCUUUUGAAGCAAAAUUGUGUUGCUGAGAGCCAUAUUAAUGGGUUAAUGCAAUAUGCCAUGAAAGAAAUUCCAAAAAUUGUGCCAGCAUCGCAGCUUCUAAUCCAAAGCCUGUGUCAAUCACCCCUCGGCUUCUGUUUUUUGGGAGUUUCCCAGCUAAAGGAGGUACUUCAUUUCUUGCAGCAGUUUCUAAAUAAUUUGUGUGGUUUAUUUGGUGAUUCUGAGACAAGAAGUUCCACAGAUGAUAAACUUGAUGGCAAUCAAGGUUAUGAAAUCAAUGAGAGAAUUGUUCUUUGUGGUGAUUCAUCCCGUCUUCAUCAAGAUGAGCGUUUACUGAGAGUAGAGCUUAUGCCUUGUGCAUAUGAUUACAGUGUCACUGAUGAUGGUCCUUCAGCAACUUCUGCUGUUGUUCAUCAUGAAGCUGCUGUGCUCCCAGAAAGUGAUUCUUUUUUGUAUUGGUUGUCUACUAGUCUUCUAACUGAAAAAAAGUUAGUAUCAUGGACACAUGCGUGUGACCAUACAAAAGCUCAAGGAACUGAACUUUUUCAGGUACUUAAGAAGGAAUCUCAUCUCUUACAAAAAUUGUGUGAGAAAAAAUGCGAGUAUUCAAGCCGUCAUGAAGCAUUGGAGCACGUGUCUUUGAGUAUCUAUAUUGAAGAAUUUGUGAAGAUACAAGAAGAUCAAAGCUAUGUCCCACAAGGUUAUGGAUCCCUCUUGAGGAAGUGGCAAGAAGAACUUACCGGGAGGAAUGAUGACUCCAUUUCCAGCAGCAGUAAAGUUGAAUUAGAUGUCAUAUCAAAUGUACUUAAAGAAUCUCAAUCUAUCAAUGCCAAUCAGCUUGGACUUGAAGAAACUGAUACAGACUUGACUUGUUUUUUAUGUGAUCUGAAAUGUGGUGAAGACGGCAAAUGCAAAAUGCAGGGUUAUCGGCAUCAAGAAGAAGCUCGCAUAAAAACAGCCACUCAGGAGCAAAUGGAAGGCCUGUCUUCAGAGCUUUGUGAAAUUGAUGCAUGGAUCAUGCAGACCAUUGCUGAUAUGAAGAAGCUGGAAAUUAAACUUGCUCGAGCAUCUGUUCAUGACUAUCGGCUUAUGAUGUUGCCCAUUUUGAAGACAUUCAUGCGGGCACAAUUGGAGUAUCUUGUUGACAAAGAUGCAACCGAGAAAGCAGAGGCUGCAGAAGCAGCACUUUUAGCAGAGCUUGAACUUGAUACUGAGAAGAACAUCAAUAAAGGGGGCAAUCAAACAAAUCAUACACAGGAAAACUCGAAGAAUAGAAAAAAGAAAAAAGAUCACAGAAAACAGGAGGGAAAGGUUAUUGGUGGUAACAAGCAACACGUUCUGCUGGAGAAGGAGGGAGAACAACCUGAUAUUUCUGAAAAAGCCAAUCUAUUAAAACAAUCCGAGGAACUUGGGCAUAAAAGUGAGCUUGAAGUGGAACAGGUAAGAAUGCUUGAAGAUAUUUUAGAGAAUCAAAGACGAUUUGAAAAUGAGGCUAAACAAAAGCAGCUUGCCAAGCAAGAUGAGAAUACAGGUUCACCUAGUGAAAGAGCUCUUGAAGAUGGUUUUUUGCAAUCUGAUCUGAAAGUUGAGAGUUGUUCUGUUCCAAACAAUCCGGUGUUUGUGCACAGUAAUGAUAUCUUGACAACCAUAGGUUCUCCUAGUAAAAGAGCUCUUGAAGAUGGUGUGUUGCAAUCUGAUCUGCGAGGUUCACCUGGUCAAAAAGCUCUUGAAGAUAGUGUUUUGCAAUCUGACCAACAAAUUGAUGUGCAAGACACAGCACAAUCUCAUGAACAAUGCGAAGAGAGAUCAAAGAAAUCACAUGAAGAGCUGGCGGACUUAAAAUUUCAUGGAUAUCAAGCAUGUCGUCGGUUGCUGCUUGUCUUAAAAAAAAGGGAAGAAGUGAACAAAGAGAUCCAAAAUCGAAUGGAUGGGGUCAAAGAGCUGGAGGAGAAGGAAAAACCGAACAAAGAGAUUCAAAAAUUGAUGGAUCAGGGCAUACAACUGAACGAAGAGAUUCAUGAACUGAACAUGGAGAUGUCAUCAAGUUGGAAAAAAAGCCUCAAAAACGCGCAUUUCCUCUAAAGAAGACCUUUUAGGAUAGAAAGGCUUCUCUUGCUCUUAGUUUGCUCACUUGAAUUUUAGAUUAGAUCUCAUUAAAGGCCUGGAUGUUACUUGCAGGUGCAUUGUUGUUGAAAGUCAAAGCUAGUGAUUGGUAGCAUGAACUCCUAAUACUCUUUACCUGCGUAGUUUUGGCGUAUGAGAUAUAACAGGCACCAUUUGUGUAUGUCUCAAUACUUUUUCUUUUAUUUUUUAAUUUUUUUUAUCAAUAUAUAUAUAUCCUGUACGUGCUUUCAAGAUUUUGCUGUCCUGCUUAGGAGCUUCCACAAAUUCAUGGUGAUUGAAGAGAACUCUCUCUAGCGAGAAUCCCAUUUAAUUCCAUUAAAAUACCACUCGUUUCUACCUUUC